CGACCUAUUGGCCGCUAGAUGCUAAAGAAUUUUCUGCCCCAUAAAAUUGCAGACAUUUACAACAUAACCUAACCAAUGAACUAUAUCAAUACCGAAUCAUACUAAAGUUUAUAUAGUAUCUUGUUCAUCUAACAAUUUCCGUUAUUUAACAUGAGUGACGAUGAAGAUUUGCUUCUUAACGAAGACAAAGAUCAAGAUCAAAUCAGGACGGAGCUUUCCCAGAUGAGUUUCGAAGAUUUGCAGAAACUUAAAGAGAAGUUGGGAACUAAAGUCUAUAACGAAGCAUUGUUCGGUUCGCGUAAAGUUAGAAAAGUCGAUUUCAAACGAGAAAAUAAGAACAGACCCCGGGAAAUGUCUGCGAAGAAGCCUGUGUCUCGAUUUAGGGAAAUUGUACAAAUAAAAAAAUACAUACCAAGAGAUCCCAGGUUCGACGGUCUCUGCGGUACGUUUGAUCAAAAGGAGUUUAAAAAGGCUUACGGAUUUCUCACCGACGUGAAGAAGAAUGAUUUACAAAAAUUGAAGAAACAAUUAACGGAAACAGAGGAUCCAAAAGUAAUAAAGAAGAUUAAAUAUCUCAUUCAACGAUUGGAAAAUCAAUUACGUGAAGAGCAGAGGCGAGAUCACCAAGAGGAAAAGAAGAAUCAAGACAAGACAGAGAUAGUAGAAGCCAUUAAACGGGGUGAAAAGCCUGUUUUCAAAAAGAAGAGUGAGAGAAAAGUUUUGGACUUAGUUUCUCGAUACGAGGAGCUGAAAACUUCGGGUAAAUUGAAGAAGCACAUUCAAAGGUUGCGCAAGAAGAAUCUACACAAGGACCGACAGAAACUAGCGUCAUCGGAAAUCGAUUGAAAACAACAACGAACUAUACGUGAAAUUAAAAUUUAUAUGAAUAAAUUCUAACUGUAAUUAUUAUAAGGUGUACAUAAGCGUAAUAAAUACUACUUGGACAGUUAAACUAAGCUUCUUUUCUUUCGCUCGACUUCGAUAUUCACCUUACAUUAUGUUUGCGUACCGUGGAAGUACCGAACGGAUAGGUAGAAUAAAGAGGUCUUUAUUAAUUAUGUAUUUUUUAUUUAACAUCAAAAGUAAUGACACUUGGGUUGGACAAUGUCUCUCGUUUCUUCCUUAAUGUAUUUCACGUGUGAAAACAGAACUUACAGAAUAAUCAAUAUGAAAGGAAUCGUCAAUCAGAAGAGAUAGUUGGUAGAGCGGUGUACGUUUUUAUCUCUGAGCGUGUGUGUUUAUACGUGUGUUUCUCUAUAUGUCGCACGUGUUCUUCGGAGCGCGUGACCGCGUGUGUGUGUGUGUGUGUGUGUCUGCCUGUGUGUAUGUACGCGUGUAGAGUGUAUUAUGCGGCGCUAAAACGAAGAACAGAAAAAAGAGUACAGGGGACCCGUACGCAAAAGGCGAUCCCCUUUAAGCGGAGCGCCUUCUCGUGGGUCACCAUUCACGCGCGAUCUGUUUGUCCGUCUUCAAUUAUUUAAAAUAUGUACAAUAUUAAUAAAACAUCAUUCAUUAUUUUUUUUUUUUGUUUGUUUGUUUAUAUUUUAAUCAUUCAAUGAUUCUGUCGUGGUGUGGCGGGCUGUGCAGGGGCGACGUUCCACGGAAUUCUCGUGACCACCCGUUGUCUCUUUCGUUUCCCAACCGAAUAUGUUCGAUUUCUUCCAUAAUUCUUUCUCGUUUUAUCGAUUUCUCUCUCUUUCUUUUUUUUUUUCGUACAUCGCCAAUUGAGUUUCGAUCGCGGUCAAACGAAAAGGCGAAGGACCCGUAUGAAAGCACUCGUUCUCUCGCCCACAUUCACGCGUUAGUUACUUUUUUUUUCUACGGCUCGUGCACGCCUAUUCACCCCGGGGGAAAAAAAUCGGUUCGCGAUACCAAAGGCGGGACGAAACUUCAUUCGAACGAAUCGAUCGAGAGCUGCCCGUUUUUUGUUUCUUGUUCGAAAAUUUCUAUCCAGAUAAGAAGAUUUUCCGUUUAAGACACCUUUUAUCUAGAUGAGAAACUUGUCAACAAGAAAUCUGAACCCCGGUAUCGGCGACCGAGAUUCGCUCGUUUGCAGAACACGAAGAGAUUUGCGACUCGCGGUGCCGAGAGGUUAGUCUUCGAGGCUGAAACUAAGGAUGUCCCUUUACAAUACGACGAAAAUACGUGAUAUAUUAAUUAAAAUCUGACCUUUUCAGCAAUCAUACAUAUACAAUAAAUACUGGGAACUCCCUAACGACGAGUUAGGUUGAAAGUUCAACCAUAAUAAUUUUUAACGAGUCCCCGGAUAAGAGGAAAACCGAUAACAGAUGCGCGAAAUGGAAUCCGUCCGAUAAAAAGGAAAUAGAGAAAAGAAAGAAAACGCUGUGUGUAAGAAAAGGGGGCCGAUAGUUCGUUCCACGAGACGAAGCGAAUCCAAACAAAGCCACGUUACUCCGAACACAGCCAUGUUGUUAAGAGGACACUCCUCGAAUACGUACAAAUACAAUAGAAUUUAUACAAGUCGCUAUUUCUGUAUGAAAUAGCAUUGAAAAAAUAUAUAAAGAUAUCGAAUACAACGAUGAAAAAUAAAAGUAUACCGAUCCACCGUCGGACCUAUGAUCAGAGAUGGGCAACAUUUUGUUUCCGUUAAAGAUCCACGACCAAUAAAAGCGACCUACGUUUAUCGAUCACGCGACUCUUGAUGCGAGUUGCACGUCGCGUCGAAGGUCCUAAGUGAAGUUGCUACCCGAAAAAAAAAAAAAAAAAUAUACAUAUAUAUAUAUAUAUAUCGAUCACGUACGAAAGCAAAAAGCGGAUUUUCCCGUCAGUGUCCCGCUCAGUCCGCCGCAGAUUUAUGGUCUUAGACCGAAAAUUUCCUCUCCCCGCCACUUUUCUUCGUUUCUUUACUCUCGCUCGCUCUCGCACUCUCUCUCUCUCUCUCUCUCUCGCUCUCUCUCUCGCUCUCUCUUUCGUCGUCGUACUUCGUAUCUUUUUUUUUUUUGUUCGCUUAUACGUACUUUGUUUUUUUUUUUUUCUUCAACAACACGAUCUAGACUAAACCAUAUAUAAUAAUUACAUCUAAUAAUAUCUUAUUGUAACAUGUAUUACAUUAUAAUUAUUAUUAUUAUUAUAUUAUUAAUGUUUAAAUUAUUAGCCUAAAGUAAAGAGGCGCACGACGGCAAAGCAUUUUUUUUGGGCUCCUACGCCCCCCGGGCACGGAACACCCUGUCGACAAACCACGGAUCCUUCAAUCCCAGCUCCCGGAGCACCGGAUUGCGAGCCGUUUCACGAUUCGCGAACUGCCCCCAUCCCUUCCCUUCCCCACCCCGUUUCUCAUUCGUUUUUCCCAAUUCUAUUCGAGCCACGUCGUCCUGAUCUCGAAACACAGGGAUCCACCGGAGCCGUUCUCCACCUUUGCGAAUUACCACGCACUCUUUAACGUUCGACUCUCGUUGCGACAGGAACGAUCGGAUCUUUGAACGCGCGCGGGAGACAACCUCGCACAGUCCCAGUUUACGCGAAGAAAGAGGAGAAGAACAGUUUCUUUCAAAAAUCAAUCGAACGAACGCGAUGAAAGGAAAAGCUAGAAAAUUAUCGAACGAUCAAAGAAUUCACGAAUUUACAAUGUUUACGCUCAUGCCUUGACAGUAAUUUGUUCGGCGACGUUACGUAACAACGAUACACAUUACUUUCAACUUGAAACCUUAGGUUACGUUUAUUUAUCUUUAAUUUGUGUUAUCAGUUAGAAUGGGGCGCCACGAUCGAAAGUUACACAGAGAGGCGCUUGUAACAUCGGCGCUAGCCUUGCACCGAACACCCUAGCACCGUGAUAGAAUCGAUUUCAAGUUCACGCCGCCGUUUCUUCUUCAUCGAGAAACAAAUCACCGGGGACGUGUAUUAUACGCGAUCGUAGUUUGUUCACCGUUCGUCGGGGGGGGGGGUCUGAUCCGCGUCCGAGUUCGACGAGCAACGCGACUGGUACCGCCGCCGUCCUCUGUCCGUUUCUUUUCCGCACUCACGCGUUUCCCUCGUAAAGACGUUAUCGGUCUGGAUCCGAAUGGCGAUCCACGUGUCUCGAAAGCGAUUCGAAUGUCGUUCGCCGAACCGAUCGGGUCCCCCGCUCGAGUUGACCGUUUCGACGCGGCCAGCCCAUCGCGCGCACAACAGAGAAAAUUCAUUCGGAAGGGCUGGACGGAGGAAACUCGCAACCCGAACAGAGAUCGAGGCUCGAUGGGAUCGGCGAAGGCAGAACGUGUUUACGCGUGCACUGCACCUCGAGAACACCUCGAUUAUUUUGAACACUUAGGGUAGUUUUGGGGCCAGGGUCGCCGAGCGAGCGUCACCCUCGUCUACCUAGAUCUUUGACGGUCCGCCUCGAUUCCCGUGGGAAAACAAAGGGAACCGAAGAUCGAACCGUUCGACUGGAACAGCCGGGCUGCUUUAGUCCGUUGACGAGCGAUUCGAAAUCUGCGCUCCCGCUUAUCGUUCUUCACGGGAAACGAACCACCUUAUAUCCUUUACCGACGUAGCUAGCGCACGCACAAGAAGCGGUGAAAGCUGGUAACCAGGUUUAAAACGCAUAUAGGGACAAAGUAAGACGAGAACGAUACAACUGAUAGAGUACGUGUCACACUUAGAGAAGCACGAGAAACAAGACCACGACUUGUUUUUUUUUUGUUUUUUUUUUUUUUUGUUUUUUUAGAUGGCACGUCUACUCGUAACGUCCCGGCCCGAAAAGUCGCGUGGCAGGCAUUUUAAGUCACCUUCGUUCGUAUUUUUUUUUGUCUUUUUUUUGCGUCUUUUUUUUUCUUCGCUUUUUUUUUCUUUUGGUUUGUUUUCUGUUGCUCCUAAAAAAAUUCGAAGGGGCGUUGUAUCGACACUCGACAGACACACAUGCAUACACGCACGACAGACCGCGGGGUUGGUGGUACAGGGCGUUCUGCGUUCGGGGGUCAAUGAUUUAUAGCGAGCUGUCCCGCUGGGCGUUGUUUUAAACCUAUGAAAAACUAAGAGAAUGAAUUUAUACCUUUUUUUUCCUUUACUUUUUUUAAUUUCGCCUAAGUAAGAAUGUUUUUUUUUUUUUCUGUUUCCUUUCUCUCCCGCACCUCCGUCCGUCAUUGAUAAUCCCCUCGUUCCGUUGCUCUCCCCUAAACGCUGUUUAUCGUUCUCUACUAGCAAUUUUUUUUUUUUUUUUUUUAUAUCCUGUUACCUCGACUAUCGUGGCGCCCUCGAAACCCCGGAAACAGACGCUGAUCCCGAGGAAGGGCGUUACUUUAAACUCUUGUUUCUCUAUUUAGCUCGUUUGCGUAUUUUUCAUAUUUUUUUUUAUCUUUUUUUUUUAAAUAACAUUAUCAUACUUCAUUUGUCCGGUCUCAAGUCGGCGAGAGAAUCGCGUCUCCCCACCGCUUCGUUAUCAGCACGCGGUAAUUAAAUAACGUAUAUCUCCGUUCUUUUGUUUCUUUAUUAGUAUCUUACUCCAUACUCGUCAGGUGGUAGUGAUUCGAUUGAUAGUUAUUUAUUAUACUGUCCGUUUGCCACUGCAGCAUCCCGUGCUCCCGCGCGUUCAGCUUCCUCUGUUGAAAUCUCUUCGCGAAACCGAAGCGUACGCACCCCCUACGUUCGAACCGAUAUCGUCGACGAUCCUCUGUCGUUCUCCAUCACUCCUGUCAUCAUCGUCCGUUCCUGGCCCGUUCUCGAACGACGUUACUCGCAAUCGGAACAAUUAAUGACUACUGCGAACGCGCGUCUCUUACACCUGCGUGUGAUCUCCGUUAUUCGACUGCUUUUGGUUUUUGUUUCGUUUGAGUGUCGUAAGCUCCUCGUCCCUCUCGUCGUGGAUAAUCUCUAGGGCGUGCCAAUCUAACG